UCGCGGUAGGAGGAGGCAGUUGCUCAGUGCCACGUUGAUGGAGACCAGUGGGGACGUGGAAAUCCGUCUGCAGUCCGCAGCCGGGACCCGGUAGCCUCCUCUUCUUGUGUUUUCACAGCCGUUAAUCCUCGAGCAGAACCGAAAGGGGAACUUGUACCUUGUUUGUCACCUGUUUUAUGUGCGCGUUCAUGUGAGAAGGAACAUAGACGGGAAGGAUGAAACUCAAAGAGAUCAACCGCACGGCCAUCCAGAGCUGGAGCCCCGCUCAGCACCACCCCAUCUACCUGGCUACAGGAACAUCAGCCCAGCAGCUGGAUGCCUCCUUCAGCACCAAUGCCUCCUUGGAGUUUUUUGAGUUGGACUUGGCUGAGCCAUCUUUGGACAUGAAGUCGUGUGGCAGCUUCUCCUCCACUCACAGAUACCACAAACUGGUGUGGGGUCCCUAUGGAAUGGAUGCCCAGGGUCACCCGUCCGGUGUCCUUAUCGCUGGAGGCGAGAACGGCAACGUCAUCCUGUAUGACCCGGCAAAGAUCAUCGCCGGAGAGAGCGACGUCAUCGUUGCUGAGAGCGACAGGCACACGGGGCCAGUGAGAGCUCUCGACGUCAACCCGUUCCAAACGAAUCUGGUUGCAUCAGGUGGGAAUGAGUCUGAAAUCUACAUCUGGGACAUGAAUAAUUUUGGUUCUCCAAUGACACCGGGACCUAAAACUCAGCCUCUGGAGGACAUCAGCUGUGUGUCGUGGAACAAGCAGGUCCAACACAUCCUGGCCUCCGCCAGCCCGAGCGGCCGAGCCUCAGUGUGGGACCUCCGCAAGAACGACCUCAUCAUUAAAGUCAGCGACCACAGCAACCGAAUGCAUUGCUCUGGACUGGCUUGGAACCCAGAAGUGGCCACUCAGCUGGUCUUGGCCUCGGAGGACGAUCGGAUGCCAGUCAUCCAGAUGUGGGACUUGCGUUUUGCUACCUCUCCCCUCAAGAUUUUAGAGAAUCACACACGGGGAGUCCUGUCCAUCGCCUGGAGCUUGGCAGAUCCCGAGCUGCUCCUGAGCUGCGGGAAGGACAACAGGAUCCUGUGCUGGAAUCCAAACACAGCGGAGGUGCUGUACGAGUUGCCCACCAGCAGCCAGUGGUGCUUUGACAUCCAGUGGUGCCCCAGGAACCCUGCGGUGCUGUCGGCCGCGGGCUUUGACGGACACAUCGACAUCUAUUCCAUCAUGGGUGGCAGCAGCCAGGCGCAGAGCCAGCGACACGCCGACCAGAUUAGCACCUCGUUUGGAAACAUGGAUCCUUUUGGGACAGGACAAACUCUGCCCCCGCUGCAGCUGCCCCAGCCCACUGCCCGUCCAGCUACAGUAAACCCCCUGAAGAAGCCACCCAAGUGGAUCCGCAGACCUGUUGGAGCCUCGUUUGCUUUCGGUGGUAAGCUGGUAUCUUUGGAGAACGGAAAGGCGAACUCUCAGCAGCCUCAGCAGCCCACUUCACACGUUGUACACAUCAGUCAGGUUGUUACGGAAACAGCCUUUUUGAAGCGCUCCGAUCAGCUGCAGGCCACUCUGAGUGCAGGCAGCUUUGUGGAUUUCUGCCAGGAAAAGAUCGAUGCAGCCGAAAAUGAGUUUGAAAAGACCGUGUGGUCUUUCCUCAAGGCGAAUUUUGAAAGCGAUAUUCGCAGCAAGUUCCUGGAACUUCUGGGGUACAACAAAGAGGAGUUGGCCUUGAAGAUUUCAGCAGCACUAGAGGAAAAACCUGCUGAACCUCCGAAGGUGGAGGUGCCUGCUCCAGCCACCCUGCAGCCUUUACCAGACCUCAGCCUCUUGCCCCCCGCCGACACUCCUGAGGCAGCCUUCGACAUGAUCGCUGCCGCAAACCUUCAGCCGGCCGCCCCGCUUGAGGAGCUGGACUCCACUCCUGAACCAGAGGCUGAAAAGCCAGCAGCAGCCACGGAUCCAGAGGAUGAUCUUGUUACCAGUGAACCAAAAGAAAAUGUGGACCAGGUUCUCCCAGAGGAGGAGGCUGAGGAGGAGGCUGAGGAGGAGGCUGAGGAGGAGGCUGAGGAGGAGGCUGAGGAGGAGGAGACCGCAGCACCAGUGGAGGAGGAGCCCAGUCCACCUGAGACCUCAGCUCCAGUUCAGGAGCCCACUCAGGUCCCAGCUCCGGCCCCUGCGGGAGGAGUCAGUCUCAGCAUCAGUCAAGACGUGGACGGGCUGAUCACGCAGGCUCUGCUGACCGGAGACUUUGAGGGAGCUGUGGACCUCUGUCUCCAUGACAACCGGAUGGCGGACAGCAUCAUCCUGGCCAUCGCCGGAGGGGCUGAACUUUUGGAGAAAACCCAGAAGAAGUAUUUUACAAAAACACGCAGCAAGAUAAGCAAGCUGAUCAGUGCAGUGGUGAUGAAAGACUGGCACGACAUCCUGAAGACGUGUGACCUGCAGAACUGGAGGGAGGCUCUGGCUGCCGUCAUGACCUACGCUCAGCCUGAGGAGUUCUCUUCCCUCUGUGACCUUCUCGGGGGCAGACUGGAGGCAGCAGAGGUCGCUCAGCUGCAAGCCCAGGCCUGUCUGUGUUAUAUCUGUGCUGGCAACGUGGAGAAACUCGUGUCCUGUUGGACCAAAGCACAGGACGGACACUGUCCUCUCUCUCUGCAGGACCUGGUGGAGAAGGUGGUGGUGCUGCGACGUGCAGUGGAGCAGACCCAGCGCUCCGGUCCCACUGCUAUUGGCAUCCUACUGGCGGAGAAGAUGAGCCAGUAUGCCAGCCUGCUGGCCUCCCAGGGCAGUCUGUCCACUGCCUUCACCUACCUGCCCGACAACACCAACCAGGUUGCCGUGCAGCAGCUUCGCGAUCGUCUCAGUCGGGCUCUGGGGCAGCAGGCGGUGGCUCCUGCAGCUCCGGUACAAACCCAGAGAGCUCAGGCUCAGCCCCGCUCGGCCCUGCCCCGGCAUCCCUUCGCCCCGGUCCAGCCUGCCAUGGUGCCUCAGCCCACUGCAGCAGCUCCAGUGCCCAUGCUUGCACCUGCCCCUGCCCCUGCCCCUGCACCUGCCCCUGCCCCUGCACACCCACAGUAUUACCAGCCAGUGAGGGCUGCCUCCACUGUCACCUCCUGGAGUAACCAAACUCCCACAGCCCUCCCCAAUGUCCCUCCUCCGCUUCAAGUAGGCACCGCCUCAGACCAGCAGGCGGAGCCUCCAAACUCCAUGUACGGGAUGCCAGCCUCCGGCACAGCUGGAGCCCCUCCAGCCGCCUCCGCUCCUGCGUACAUGUACUCCCACCAGUACCAGCCCUACCCCCAGGUCAACCAGUACCCACCUGGAGCUGGGGGGGUGCCUAUCUAUCAGCCUCUUCAGUACUCCUCCUCUGCUGCUCCUCCGCCCGCGGAGCCCUCCUCCCUUCCUCACCCCCCUGGCUUCCUCUCUCAGUACACUCAGCCCAUCCCCUCUCAGCCCGCACCUCCGGUCUAUCCCGGACAACCUUCCGUGGGCCACUGUCUGUCCUCCUCUCCUCCCUCCCAUCCUCCUUUCUUUCCCACUGCCUCCUCCUCCUCCUCCUCCUCCUCCUCCUUUUCCGCUCCUCUGACCUCCGGAGCGUCUUUCCAGCAUGGCGGUCCAGGAUCUCCUGUGUCGUACAUGCCUCUUCCUCCACCGGGCGGAGUCUCAGGUACACAGCUUGACCCUGACCCCGAGCCGAUCCCCGCCUCUCAGAGAACAGGGCCUCAGAAUGGCUGGAAUGACCCCCCAGCUCUGAACAGGGCAUCGAAGAAGAAGGUUCCGGAGAACUACACCCCUCCUGCCCCCAUCACUGCCCCCAUCAUGGCCCCGCUGGGCGCUGACCCUCAGGCCCAGCCGGGGCCCUCUGGGGCCCCUCAGGCCAUGGUCCAGGGCCCGCACGGUGCCCAGGUCCCCUACUCGGGCAUGCACCAGCAGCAGCAGGUCUCCCCUCCACCCAUGAACCCCGGGAUGCCCAAGACCAGUAUGGAGGGUGCACCAGGAGCGCCUACCGGAGACGUCAUACAGCCUCUGCAGUCCAUCCCUGCGGAGAAGAUCACGAAGAAGCCGAUCCCCGACGAGCACGUGGUCCUGAAGACCACGUUCGAGGGGCUCAUCCAGAAGUGCUUGGCCGUAGCUACCGACCCUCAAACGAAGAGGAAGCUUGAUGAUGCCAACAAACGUUUGGAGGCUCUUUAUGACAAACUCAGAGAGCAGACGCUCUCUCCCGCCAUUGUAGGAGGACUGCAUAACAUAGCCAGGACCAUAGAGUCCCGAUCCUACGCGGAGGGCCUCAACAUCCACACCCACAUAGUCAGUAACAGCAACUUCAGCGAGACGUCAGCGUUCAUGCCCAUACUCAAGGUGGUGCUGACACAGGCCAACAAACUCGGGGUCUGAUCGGGCAGAGGAGGAGGAGGAGGAGGAGGAAAGUCUCUCUCCGAGUCUCUGCCUGGUGGACAGUGGAGAGCGACCGCCAGUCAGGGGGCCGAGCUGAGUAUCGGCCUCUAAAAUUUUUGUUGUUUCGCAGGGAGAUCCGUUUGACUCGCAGUGCAAACGAGGAAGAAUUCUGCGACGGAUGAAAAUACUGUUAAACCCUUCUUUGUGCCAUUCACGUUUUUCUGACGCAACUCAAACACAAGCCAUGAUAUCGGUCGCACCCAGUGGUGAAAGUAAAUUCUGGGCCCCCCGUGCCGACAGACGCACACCAACAGUUAAAGGGGCGGAGGCCGUUUCAUUAAAGCACCACCUCACACUCCCCAGAUGUCGACAAGUCAGGCUGAACGGGCUUGUAGUCAUAGGGAUUAACGCAGAGUCUUUGAAUAAAUAUGCAACAACCCUAUUGAAGCAUUAACUAAAAUCUUCAAACUGAACGGGCAGAAUGUAAGGAAUGCACGGAUUGGGCAUUUUGAAUAUGGAAAAAAAUUAAGCCGAAAAUUAAAUAAGGGGGAAAAAAGCGAAUUAAUAGAUUUGUUGGAUGCGAAGGAACUGAGAACAAAAAAAGCAGGAAAAGCAACAGGAGAUUCAGGAAUUUUAAGGGCUUUUCUCUCUUCUUGUGUUGAGAUCAUCAAAAUAAAUGUAAUCAGUUUAAAAGAUUUUUAAAAAAUGAGUUUGGUUUGAACAGCAGAGCCGCUGUUACGGCUUUUUGCUCACGACUGCGCGAUCGUGCAAAAACAACAAUCGUGUAAGAAAUAUUAGCUUGUUGCGUCUUUAUCGUCUUUCUAUAUUUGUGCACUACAACAAAGCUCAGAUAUCUUUAUAAUCCAUAAAUAUGUAAAUACUUUACUCUUAAAAGUAAAAAAAAUCA